AUGGAGAGCAGCAUUGUUUCCUCAGCCUUUCCGACACAAAAAGAUUUGGAAAAUACUGAAAAGAUUAUUCAAAUUUUAAGAAAAGAAAAUAGAUUUCCAUCCGAUGAAGAGAAUAGAAAGAGAUUUGAAGUUCUUGCCAAGUUGGACGGACUCAUCAAGAUAUGGGUUAAAAAAGUGUGUCUCAAACAGGGAUUAUCAGAGGAUCUAGUUGCCGAAGCAGGUUCAAAAUUGGUCACGUUUGGUUCGUUCCGUCUUGGUGUGCAUGGUCCUGGUGCUGAUAUUGAUACGUUAUGCAUUGUUCCGAAUAUGAUUGAAAAACAUCAUUGUUUUACAGAUUUGUAUGAUAUUUUAAAAGAAAGACCAGAAAUUACAGAGUUAAAAGCUGUUCCUGAUGCCUAUGUGCCAUUGAUUACCAUGUCGUUUGAUGGAGUGGAAAUUGACUUGUUGUUUGCCAGACUUUCAAGAAACAAUAUUCCUCCAGAUUUGAACAUUCUUGAAGAAAGCAACCUUAAAGAAGUCGACGACGAAACUCAACGUAGCUUGAACGGUCCUCGUGUGGCCGAUGAAAUUUUGAAUCUAGUGCCCAAUAAGGAAUCAUUCAUUACCACCCUGAGAUGUAUAAAGUUGUGGGCUUCACGACGAGCUGUGUACGGAAACAUUGUGGGUUAUCUUGGAGGUGUUGCAUAUGCAAUUUUAGUUGCUAAAAUUUGUCAAAUGUACCCCAAUGCUGCUCCCUCAACCCUUCUCUCUAAAUUUUUCGUUAUUUAUAGUCAAUGGCCUUGGAGCAAAGUACCCGUAUUGUUGAAACCUAUCGAAGAAGGCAGUUAUGGAUUUAAGGUUUGGAAUCCAAAGCUAUAUCCAAGAGAUAAACAACACUUAAUGCCAAUUAUCACACCUGCCUACCCUUGUAUGAAUUCUACAUUUAACGUUUCAAAAACCACUUUUAAAGAUAUGACCAGUGAGUUUGAAAGAAGCGCAGAAGUUGCACAGAAAGCUGAGAAUGGCUUGGAGAGUUGGGAAACACUCUUUGAAGAGACAGAUUUCUUUGUGAGAUAUAAUCAUUACAUUCAAAUUGAAAUUAAUACAUCGAACGAGGUUGAUCACCUUAAAUGGACUGGUUUCAUUCAGUCUAAAAUCAGAUUUUUUAUUCAAAAACUUGAAACUGUACCCUCUCUAACCAUUCACGUAUAUCCUGAUUAUUUCCACAACCACCAACCAGCGAAUAAUUUAUAUUCGUCACACUUCUUUAUAGGCAUGGAAUAUAAAAAGCCAAAACCAGGAGAAGCAGUAGUAGAUCUCUCACCUCAAUUACAGGAAUUUGAACGAAUGUUACUUGAUUGGCCUGACAAGAAUGAUUCCAUGGAGAAACCAGUCAUUAAACCUAUUAAGAGAAGUCAAGUUCCAGAUUUUGUGCUUUCGAAGGAGAAGAAAAAGUUAUUCCUUAAAAGAAACAAGGCUCAAAAGAGAAAAGCAGCCGAGGAAGAAUCAUCCACACCCAAGUCGAGUGAACGCUCUCCAGAGUCCACUACAACUGCCACUACCGACUCCACAAUAGCAGACACCUCAAAAACAUCAUUGGAUAGCACAGGCACUGACACUGCAAUUUCAACCACGACUACUGAGCCCUCAGCAAAAAAGCCAAAGGCAGAAGAACCAAAACAAAAAAAGGAGCACCAAGUUGAACUGUUAUUAUCAACUGAAGAUGAUGACUUGUUGGCAUUGUAUGAAAGCAAUAGAAAAUAA